GCUUACAAGAUGCGUUCCUCAAACUCUGUCCAGAUAGCCCGCAUCGUGGCCAUCACCGUGGUAACUUCCAGUUUUAUCCUAGGAUGUUUCAUCCUGGCCUCGAGCUAUCUGACGGCACGCGCUUCCUGCGAGCAACUCCAGCAAUUGGAUGCUGUUCUCGAAAAGGAAUUGAUGUUGGAAGCCAGACACUUGCAGCCGGAAGCUUUGAUCCAGGAGGAAGCUCUCCCCCAAGCAGAGCAACUGCAAGCAUCAGCCAGCUCCAAUCAGUUGGGAGCAGGCAAAAACAAAAUACCAACUGACGAAGGAAAAUUACAUUCAUUAGUUGGCGAUACUCCCGAACAUGAUGAACCAAAAUCUGAAGACUCGGAAGACAACAAUUCCAUCUCCGACGAUUCAUAUUCACCAGAAACCGAUGAUUCUGAUGAAGAAGGCCACACCGUUCAAUUCAAGUUGCCACUGCAGUUGGACUUCGAUGAAUUAGCUGGUGCUCUCAUCGCAAAGAACCAAAGAUCCAGAAUGAACUGCGUUGUAGAGAAGCGACGUGCUGAAGAAGUAGUUGACCAUCAACCUCGCAGCAUCCACCUUCCAUUCGGAGUGAACUUAACCACUGAGCCUAAAUUCCAACGCGUUACUGGCGAAAGAAUGGCCAUCUUCUGCGAAAGUGGACACGAAGCAAGGUCUGGAGAUGACAACAUUCGCCAACCAAUUGUUUUGCCUAUCCAUUUAACAGCUCCACAACCACAACAACCUCAACAAAUGCCACAAAUGCCUCAACCAGCUCAACAAAUGCAGGCUCCAGUCUCUCCGGCUACAAGAUUCUUCCCCAUCCACUUCCAACCCCCACAAGCUCACCAACAAAUGAUGCCACCUCAAAUGAUGUCUCACAACAUGCCCAUGCCAAUUCCUCAACAACAACAACAACCACCCCAACAAAUGUUCGCCCCACAUCUCAUGAGACAACAAGAAUUUGUCAGGCCACAACAAGAAUUUGUAAGGCCACAAGAGGCUCGCGCUUUCCCAAUAAGACCACCACAAGAAAUUAGAUCUCAAGAAAUGGGAUCACAAGAAAUGGGAGCCCAAGAGAUGGGACCACAAGUACGUGUACAUAUCCAGAGGAUUGCCAUACCAUCUGAGAUUUUGAGGGGAAUGAACCCUAACGAGCCACCACAGGUACAACACGUUCCAUUGUCCGUCGGUCUCCAACGCAUUGGUAUGACUCCAGAAGCCUUCCGCGCAAUCCAGGAAGCUGCCGAAGCCAAAUUCCAACAGGCCCAAGAGUCUCAAGAAUCGCAAUCCCAAGUGGACUCCAGCAGCAGCAACGCCAGCGGCAGUCAAAGCGACGAAGACAGCCAAGAAGAUGAAGAGAUCGCCGAAGAAAUCAACGCCAUGCCCGAACAUGUGAUGCACGCACAACAAGUGGCCGCUUUCGCGCGCAACUUGCCCAUUCAGGCCGUACGUAUUCCCAUGCCCAUGGUACAACAGGCACCACCAGAGAACAUGGAAUCCGAACGCCCACAUUUCGUCCAACCAAGAUCUGUGCGCAGCAUCAAGGAGAAUCCCCUUCGCCGCGAAAAACGCGUCAAGAGAUGCGCCUGCAACUGCGAAUGUUAAACAAAAACCCCAAGAAAUUAUUUACGAAAGCAUUGAUAAAAUCACCGCUAAACGGAAAUAAUUUUUAAUUCAAUAAAAAAUAUUUUGUUAAAACAUAUUCGGAUAUUAACAACAUGUUUAUUUCUUUAAUUUUAAAGUAAUGCAGUUAUUAAUUGUAUAAAUAAAGUUAGAGAUUUUUAUUAAAGAAU